AUGUAUAUUCUGUAUAUUGUGGUCGUUCUUUAUUUUAACACUUCUUCUUUAGCCCUUGAAGCUCUGGACAAAGAACUGAGCAAAGAUGCCUUCAUAACCGCCUUCGCUCCCAUUCAACUACUCUGCUCGGGCGAAUUCCUCUGUCUUAAAUAUCUCAAGUGCCGUGACACUGCCUUCGAGCUCGACUUUCUCCUCGACCCUGAAUGGUCUAAAGAUGAAGAUAUCAAGACCCCCCUUUACGCCUCUAUGGCCACAAUCACCCACGAGCUAGGCUACGAUGAAGAAUGGCUCAACGAAGACAUGGGCCUCUUCGUGACCAAGAGCUGCCGCACCCGGCUUUUGGAAUGCGCAAAGAAGCAAGGUAUUGUCCUGUUCCGCGGCGAGAGUGUUAUCAUCUACGGUGCACCAAUGGAGUGGGCCCUUGAGCGCAAGAUCAGACGUAUCUACGCCUCUGGGAAACUCGAUAAAAGCGAGCCAGACGUCGGGGAUGCUCUCGCUAUGAUGAAGUGGAUUCGUGAGAGAGACGGCAAGCAGCUGGAAAGGGAGUUCAUCCGCACUCUGAACUUGAAUACCUUUGAUAUGGUUCCAGAUGGUCAGACCAUGGAACUGCUUGCUGAAGCGUAUCUUGAACGAUACGGAGAGGAGAUAUUCAGGCCUGGCAGCCAUCUUCACUAUGACUAUCACCACCACCUUACCUAUGACCAAAUCUAUCCAAACCAUCCAAACAACCAGACGAACUUUUCCAUUCUUUACGGCAUACCGGGCAGAUCAUCUUUGGGCUGA